AACGAUAAUAAGCGCUACGUGCGUUUAAAUGCGCGCUUCGCAGCGUGACACUUCCGGCCAAAUUCCUCGUCUGAGAUGCUAUAAGUGCACACACAUACAAUUACAGCACAGCUGUUCGUUUCACGAAUCCCGUCACGGGAUGCUGUCAACAAACGCACGCGUUUGCAGAUAAAUCCGAUGCGUUGACGGACUUGAAUCUCUCCUCUGAGAAGGCCCUUCAUCGUGUGUAACUGUCAACUGCGUACGAUUAACCUGCACGACUAAUUAUUAUUAUUAUAAUUUUUUUUUUUGUUAAAAAAUACUGGGGAAAUGAAAAUGCAGUUGGAUUGUCUUUGCAGAUUCCCCUCGCAGCGCAAAUCGUGGGUGUUCUUUUUAUAGAGUAAGCUCUCUGACCUCUUUCUGUUCCUCCAAGAGUGUACUCUCGCAACGGUCUCUCCUCUGUGGACGCACAGAUCAUGUUACGGCCAAUCUUUUAAAUAAUUAUUUAUAUACACAUCCAACACUAUGCCAGACAGGAACAAAGUUUUGGUCGGUGCUGGAGUAAUAUGGGGUGUAACCCUUUGCUAUCUUUUCUUUAGUCGCAAGUUAUUAAGACCCAUGGCAUUAUUAAAUUUCAUCCCUGCUAUUUUAUAUCGCAAUCAAAAAAUGGAGAAUGAAGAUGAACAAAAACAUAAUGCGGAUGAUGCUGGUACAUCAAUGAAUUGUGAUAAUAAUGUACAUAUAAAUGAGCAAAGUGAAGCGCAAAAGGAAGUGCAAAAGGAACUAACGUCAAAUUUUAUAUUGGGAGGAUUAACGGGAGCGUCGCCACCGAAAUUCGUGUCUUUUGACGAAAUUGUAAAAACUGCUAAUGGAAUGAAAAAUAUGGCCUUAGCGCAUGAAAUCGCGGUAGAUAAGAACUUUCAAUUGCAAAAAUUGGAACCGGAAGACGGUAGCUUUCAUAGACGAGUAAAAGAAAUAAUGCACAAAGCUUUUUGGAAUCUGUUAGCGAAGAAAUUGGCCGAAGACCCGCCAGAUUAUUCGCAUGCACUGAUUUUGUUGAAAGAGAUUAAAGAAUCCCUGGAUGAGCUUGUACCGCCGCAAAAUUCCAGAAUCAAGGAAAAUAUCAGAGAAGUGCUCGAUCUAGACUUGAUCAAACAGCAAGCGGAGAAAGGUGUAUUAGAUUUUCAUCAUUAUGCGCAAUACAUAAUCUCUGUCAUGAGUAAAAUUUGCGCGCCGGUCAGAGACGAGAGGAUCAAAGAGCUUUCGCAGCAGGUGGACAUAAUCGAGACAUUCAAAGGUGUCAUGGAAUUGUUGCAGUUAAUGAGAUUGGACUUGGCAAAUUUUACCAUCACAAUGAUGAGACCGAACAUCAUCGCCAUGAGUGUCGAGUAUGAGAAGGCAAAAUUCGCCGAAUUUUUAAAGAUUAAUUCGAACGGUCUGCAAUACACGGAGAAAUGGUUGCUGAGCCAUUUCGAUCCGGAGAAGAUCGCGAGUUCAUCGAGCAGCGAUACCAGUAACAUAAGACAAAUCACUCAUUCUCUAGUGACAGAGGCGUAUCUUGACCUCCUGGAAUGGGAUUUCAAUCCAAACGCCGAAACAUUGAUGUUGGAUCAAGGAAGAAUUCUGGAAUUGCGCGACACAACCAGUAGAUUGAGCGUCAUUGGGUCUGUGAUAUUAUUGGUUAAUAAUACAAUCGGUGCGCCAAUUCAUGGGAUUUCGAGUUUUAAGAAGAAUAUUAAGGAGCACUUGAAUGCAUUAUUGGAUUCUGUACAUUCCAACAAGGAUUUGAAAGCUGCAAUGCCAAAUAUUGUGCUUCAAGUAAAAGAGGAUGUGAAAGCGACUUUACGGGAAGUCGAUGCUCCCGAGUUGUCUCCAGAAUUAGAAACAUUAUUGGAGGGCCAGAUAGCCGAUCUUGUAGAUACAAAACAUAAGAUCAGAUAUCUUGUCAGUUUGCGAAUUAGACAAUUCCUGCAGAAAAUCAUUCAGACGCAAUCUGUUGCGCCCCAACAAGUACCGCCAGGUCUCUCCUCGCUGCAAGAGGAAUUAACGGCCAUCGCUGCCCGAUUUGUAAUACUUAUUUCGCACAAUCGUAGUGUAUUUGGUGAAUAUUAUCAAGACAUUGUCGCGAACGCAUUUGCGAAAAUCGAUGUUGACAAUAACAAGGAGAUAGAUGGAGCACAUACUAUGGAAUUGUAAAAAAUGAAAAUAGAAACAAAAAGUGAAUAUUAAUACAUCUUUACGCAUAUCGCUUCUGUUUUAAGAUAUGCAAGAUUAUAUCGAGAUUGUUUAUAGCUUCAAUCGAUUAUAUAAAUUUUUCACAAAUCAGAUCAAUGACAAGUAUCGAAUUGCAUCUAUAUUCUUUGUUCAUCUCUUUUAAUAGUGAUAUGAUGGAUUUCUCUUUUUUGAAUGGUAUAUCGAGUUAUGGGUGUAUAUAAUUUUUCAUAUUUAUGUCUAUUUAAUUGCAUAAUGAUAUCCAUAAAUUAUAUAUAAUAUCUAUAUAUAUAUGUUUAACAAAAAAAUAUAGAAGAGAUAUUUAUAUUUAUUAUGAUUCACCAAUCAACAUUAAUGAUGAACAAUAAAACAGUGCUGUUUUUUCUUUUUUCUAUGCUUAUAUAUGCAUUACUUGGAGUUUACAUAAAAAUUAUGUACAAUAUAUUGAUUUUAAUGAAAUUAAUGAUACAUGAUAAUAUUUUUUCUUCUUUAUCUCGUAUUUUUUAACAAAAAUAUUUUGUAUAAAUUUUAAUAUGUAUAAUAUAUAUCCGAUUAUUAAAUGCGCGCUAUCGUGUAAUAUAAGUGCAUAUAUAAUAAAGUAUGCAUAUAAGUA